AUGUCAAGUUCAGUGAUCAACGAUGAACAGACUCCCGACUACGACGCGCCAGGAGCCGUUGAUGAUAGCAGCAAUGACAUUGACAUCGAUCCGGGGCAGCGACAAGGGCCAUCGGAUCACCCAAUCCGACGCAUCAGUCAAAUCAUAAACCCACCGCUACCACUUUCAGCAACUAUCCAAAGCGGCCGUCAACCAUCAGUAUCAACGUUGCCACCAAUGGCGGCUCCACAAGGUCAACAACACCCUGAGCCACGUAGGUGUCGGUACCGCUGCCUCGAGCCCCUGAUGCCACUGCUCGAGGACAUUAUUGAGCCAAAGACUGCCUGUGAUCUUUUGGAGUUUUACUUCGCAGAGCCUGAUAGCGCCCUCUUCAGGCAUGCCUCACCAUAUGUGCUAUCACCUGUCAUUCGCAAACAGUCUCUGCUGCAUCCAACGAAACCAAGACAGACAACAUCAGCCUUGCUCGUCACCAUACUGUAUACGUGUGCCCAAACCUGUGAUAUUCCACUCUUGCUAUUACCAGGCUGGAGAGGUCAUAUCUGCGAAAAGCUGAGGCUCUUAGCUAUGGCUCUGAUUCAUGAGCGGGAUCAUGACCAUUGGCAUCGAGCAUUAGGAGGCCGACUAUUGAAAGAAGAGAUCUUUCACUCGACGGAGCUGCCCACCAAUUACGAAGAAGUCGUCGAUCCUGCAGAGCAACCACCUUGCCACAUAGUCGAUGACGUGCUCACCUUGAUCCUCAUGACCAUAGUCAUAUCCGGCGGCGACUUCAAGGCCGAAUGCUUGAUCUGGUGGAGCAAAGCCCUACGACUGGCUCAAACCAUGGGUCUCAACCGAAUCGACGGCUCAUGCACUGAAGCCGAGAACGGCUGCGUCAACGUGCUUUGUGAGUGCCACGUCAAGGCCUCAUAUGCCACAACGCCGGCCGAAAUCGAAGCCAAGGAAGAACGUCGCCGUGCCUUCUGGCUGAUAUUCUCUCUGGAUCGCCACCUCGCCUUGUCCUUUAAUGGUAAUUUGUAUAUUCACGACGACGAGGUGCACGUCUACACGCCUCUACCGGAUGAAGUAUGGGAGAAUCUCGAAAACACGGCUCUCGACACACUAACGCGCAGGACGUACGGUCCGCCAACCCUCGUCACCGGCACAGGCUUCUAUGAGUACUUCUUGCCGCUCAUGGUGUUGCUAGGAGACGUCAUCGAAACACAUCGCCGCUGCUCCCAUCCUCGACUAGGGACACUGAACGACACCGCAGCGGUCACCAUGAUCGAAACCUCCCUCGCCAACUGCGCACAGUCCAUCAACGACCUCGCCACGCUUUACGACAUCGACAAGUACCACAACGGCUCCAUGCCAACCAGCCACUUCGGCAACUCGGUCCUCACGCCCAGCACCAACUACUCCGACCAAGACACGUUCGCCACAUCGCCCACAGCCGCAUACCACCGCCCCCGCCGGCCCCGCCGCGGCCAAGUCCUCCUCGUGACAUCCUACGCCCGUUUCAUCGUCAACGUCCUCCACGUCCUCCUGCACGGCAAAUGGGACGCCGUCAGCAUGCUCUCUCCAGACAGUCCGCCCCCAUCCCCCACUCCACACACCCACACCCACUCCGCCCCCUCCAACCCGGCCCCCGGUCCCUCCACCCUCAACAUCUCCAACUGGAUCACCUCCGUCGCCUUCAUGCGGUGCGCCUCACACGCCAUCCUCGCCUCCUCCGCCGUCGAAACCAUCCUCUCCGCCGACCCAGAACUCACCUUCAUGCCCUACCUCCUCGGCAUCUACCUACUGCACGGCUCCUUCAUUUUACUGCUCUUCGCCGACCGCAUGCCGCAGGUGGGGCCCAACGAGAGCGUGGAGAAGGCGUGCGAGACCAUCAUCCGCGCGCACGAGGUCUGUGUCGUGACGCUGAGCACCGAGUUUCAGAAGAGGUUUCGCAAGGUGUUGAGGGGGACGCUGUAUGAUGUGCGGAGGAGGAAUUUGGGGGCGGAAACGGAGGAGGGGAGGGCGAGGAGGAGCGCGCUGAGUUUGUAUCGGUGGACGAGGGGGAGUCGGGGGUUGGCGCUUUAG